AUGGCAUUAUCAACAGUAACUUCACCAACACAAAAAGGAAUAGUAAUUUCAAUUCAAACGUUAGUCCUUUCAGUUGCAGUAGCAGCAAUAACGUUAUUCUUUCUCUUAUCUUCUCUCUCUACAUGUUCAUGUCCCUCUUCUUUGCAAAGCUUCAAUGAUAAUAAAAACGUUGGAGGUCGGCCUGGCGAGGUUGACAAAAAAGAGAGAAUAUCUGUAACGAAAGAGGAUAUCGAAUGGAUUAAAGAUCAGAUCCAAGCUAAUGGUUUACAUAUGCAAGAUAAUGUUCUUCGUAAAGGGAUUAAUCCUCGUACUAGAGCUCAACAAUUACAAGAUCUCAUUCAGUUCAAGGGCAUAUCUCAUUAUGAAGGGCCAGAGUCAGGCAAUCACACUGCUCUCCCAUGUCCUGGUGAGCUACUUGUAGAAGAGCAUCAUAGCAACUAUGGGGAGCCCUGGGCUGGUGGGCGGGACGUGUUUGAGUUCCUUGCAGAGUCCAGCCACCUGUCACCCAACUCACGUGUGCUUGAGAUUGGGUGUGGAACACUACGUGUUGGCUUGCAUUUUAUUCGUUAUCUCAGCCCUGAGCACUUCCAUUGUCUUGAAAGAGAUGAGCUCUCUCUGAUGGCUGCAUUCAGAUACGAGCUUCCUUCUCAGGGUCUUUUACACAAGCGUCCUCUGAUUGUGCGAGGUGAAGACAUGGAUUUCUCCAAGUUUGGUUCUGGAGUUGUGUAUGAUUUGAUAUAUGCUAGUGCUGUCUUUCUUCAUAUGCCUGAUAAGCUUGUCUGGGUUGGACUAGAAAGAUUAGCGAGCAAGCUGAAACCUUAUGAUGGCCGCAUCUUCGUGUCACAUAACAUUAAGUUCUGUUCAAGACUGGGAGGUGAGGAAUGUACUAAGAGGUUGACCAGUGUGGGACUUGAGUAUCUUGGAAAGCAUACACAUGAUAGCUUGCUGUUUAAUCACUAUGAAAUUUGGUUUGGAUUUAGGCGGUCUAAAGCUUAG